UCCGCCGCCUCCAAAUUCAAAUCUCCCUCCCAGUUCGCCAGCUCCUCCCCACUCGAGAACCGGCGAAUCGGCGAUCGCCAUGGCGACGAAGCUCUUCCUUGCCCUCCAGUGCGUGCAGUGCGACACCAUGCAGGUGAAGCAGCAGAAGAAGAGCAGCAACAAGUGGGUGUGCGUGGUGUGCAACCAGCGCCAGUCCGUGCUCCGCGUUCACGCCCGGGGCUACCGCGCCGCCGACCUCCGCCGCUUCGUCCAGGACGCUAACCUCGCCCGCGGCCGCCGCGAGUUCGCGCCUCUGGCGGAGCCUGAGGCGGGCUGGGACCCGGUGCAGGUCGAGGAGCAGGGCGACGAGUUCCCCACGGAGAAGAAGCGGACGGACUGGUCUGAGUAUCUGGACGAUGAGCACCGUGAUGGCUGUGGUGGCGUGGGCGCGGAUGCUUCAGAUGGAGAAUCAGGUGAAGGGAUUGAGGUGACAACUGAACUGCCUCAAGAAAGGCCUAAAGUUAGGCCACGCAAAGCCCAAUCAGGUGUAGUAGGAAAGAGACCCAAGCCGUUAACACACCCCACUUCGUCCAAGAGGCAGCAGAUCGAGCAAGGAUCAAGUCCCUACUGUGCAACUACUACUGCUGAAGCACAAAGAUCAAAAUGGAGCAAGUAUUUGGAUACGGACUUCUUUGAAGAGAGGAAAGGGUCUGAGAAAUCUGGGCUGCAUUGGACUGAACUUGAUGAAUGUGCCACUACUGAGGCCACUACUGACGUAGUGGUGGAUGAUGAGGUACACCCUGAUUUCAUCUGAUCUGUAUUGGAUCGAAAUGCUUCAUGUUUUGGUAGUGGGCAGUUUGAUAGUGACAAAACGUGCUGUUGGCAACACCUUGUUAAUACAAAGAUGUUCAGUCCUCUUGGAUCGAAGUGAAGAAAAUGUGCUGUUCCCAAGAUGUUUAUCCUGUAUGAUGAGAACUUCACAGUAGAUUCAGUUAUAAGAACAAAAGCCCAAUGCAAAGUAGGUAAGCAUAAGCAUUUUUGAAAAUUGAAACUACUACCUCUGAUUUCAAA